AUGGACAUCUCCCAAAUCUCCACCCAACUCUCACCCUCCCCCCGAAACUUCCCAGGCUGCUGCCUAGCAAUUUCCCACACAUUAACCACCUAUCUAUCAUCCCUCCUCCCCCAAAAACCCGCAUUCACCCUCUCAAUAGGCAGUGGAUCCGGCCUCCUCGAAGCCCUCAUUUCCCACAAUCAUCCAAACACCCAAGUUGAAGGCGUGGAAGUGAAUUCAUCUGUCAAUGCAUAUAUCGCAGAACAAGACAUUAACGUCGUCAAUGGGACGUGGGAUCUGCAUCCUCGGGCUGGACUGGCGCAGGCGUGGAUGUUUGUGUAUCCGCGCGAACCGGGACUAGUGAAGAGGUACAUUGAGAUGUAUGGAGGGGCGGUGGACAUGAUUGUGUGGUUGGGCCCGAGGGCGGAUUGGGAGGAUUAUGAACCUUGUUUCAGGGGGGAGGGGUUUGGGGAUGUUAGUGUUGGGGGUGAUGAGGUUGGGCUGGCGGGGUAUGAGAUGUUGGCUGUUGUGAGGAGAGCUGCUUGA